AUGCUGGGCAAGCGCAAGCACAGCGCCAGCUCCGGCGCCACGGACAACGUCUCCUCCAAGUCCAGGUGCAAUUCCGUCUCCAACGCUCAUAUGGGCCCCGUCGCGCCCUCGGCCUUCCACGGCGUGCCUCGAUACGUCCAGUACACCUCCCCCGUGCCCGCACUCGCGCCUCAGGAUGUCGCGCGCAGAUCCGCUGCCCUCCCACUCAAUCUCGUCGCCCACAUCAUCUCCUACCUCGCCGACAUUGGAGACAUCGCCCGAGUCACGCGCACCUCCCGUCUGCUGUACUACAUGACCCUGCCGCGCCUCUACGAACAUGUCAAUCUCCAUUCCUACGCGACCAUGCGCUACAUCAACGGGAGGCCAGAGGGCUUCGGCAGUGGCAGCCCGUUCAUGAUGGCCCUGGAUGGCCUGGCUACCAAGGCACACGCGGCGCUCGUGAGACAUCUGCGCAUUUGGGGCUGUUGGAACGAGUUGGGCAUCGAAGACUUUGCCAAGGGGAGAGUGCCGGACAAUUCCAUGAUGCUGAACAUCAUCUUGCGAGCGGCGACGGACAAGAUGACGCGACUCGAGUCCUUUUGCUGGGAACUCGACUGCAAGCCCCUCAAGACGCUGUACCAAGGAUUGGCCACCCACAGCAACCUCACAGCCUUCACCCUGAGGUUUCCCUCCACCAGAGUCCCACGCCCUGCGGUCUUGAUUCCGCCCAUGGUCAACCUGCGAGUCUUCAAGGCCCUCGAUAUCGAUCCCAUGUGCUACCCGGACGACAUCAGUAUGCUCAUGCUCGGCUCGAAGAAGUUGGAGGACGUCCGACUGCAUUUCUCUCCCCGCAUGCGCGCCGAGGCGGAAUCCAUCAUGAAUCUCAACAUGUUCUUCGGACGCUGCCACAAAGCAAAUUACAAAAUGAAAGUCAAACACUUCGGCCUCCACAACUUCUUCGGUCCCAACGUCUUGGGCAUGGAGCAUGUCUUCGAUAUUGACACUUGCGAAAGCGUCACCUUUCUCGACACCUUCGGCAACAAUAAUCCCAAGACCAUCUUCAUCGACGAGACGUGGAAAGGGGUGCCCAUGGAUCUAUUCACCAAGUUCAAGCGGGUCCGCAUCAAUGAGCUCGCGCCGCAGCAUCUCCUCAUCAUGCGAAACUCCAAAGUCUCGGUGGAGAAGUACUACAUCGUGAACGAGCGACGCGGCAAGACCGGCUUUACCCCUCCCGACAACAGCGAGCCAACCCCAAACACCGACUUAUCCGACGAUACGGAUUCUUGGAUCGACCCAAGCUUGGCGAACCUAAAGGACGACUUCCUCGCCACCGUCACAAAGGUCCACGGCGAAGGCAUCAAGCAUUUGCUACUCUCGGAUCAAUGGCCCCUCACCAGAGACGACGUCCACCUGAUCGCUCGCGACUGUCCUCAACUAGAGCAGCUGGGCUUGGCAGUGAACACUUCGACCCAUGACUGGCUGGUCCUCCUGAUGCCCUUCCUCAAGAACCUGCGAGCUCUGCGCGUUCUACCUAACGAGCAUCUAGCUGAACACUUCCGGCAUGUCUCUCAUGAAGAGCGAAUGAAUCACCUCGGCAUCACUCUAGCAAACGAUCCCCGCGCCAAAUUUGAACUUCUGGGGAUGGGAGACGUCGUCUACAGGGUUGGAAGAAUGAUGGAGGAUGUUCAGCAAGAUGGCACCAUUGUACGGCGUCGCGAAGUGACUAUGCGUGGUCUCGAGGCCGCAAAAGGAUAUGCCAUUUGGGAUUUGGACCAUCUGGAUAUCAAUGUCGAUCCGGUCGCGCCCUUCUCUCCCUGA